AUGCCCGGGCCCCGCGGGGCGGCUGGCGGCCCGGCCCGGGAGAUGCGCGGGCCGGGGGCGGCGGGGCCGCUGGCGCUGCUGCUGCUGCUGCCGCUGCUGGGCCCGCGCGGCGGGGCCGAGGGGGGGCCGGCGGGCGAGCGGGGCGCCGGCGGGGGCGGGGCGCUGGCCCGCGAGCGCUUCAAGGUGGUCUUCGCGCCGGUGAUCUGCAAGCGGACCUGCCUCAAGGGCCAGUGCCGGGACAGCUGUCAGCAGGGCUCCAACAUGACGCUCAUCGGCGAGAACGGCCACAGCACCGACACGCUCACGGGCUCCGGCUUCCGCGUGGUGGUGUGCCCCCUGCCCUGCAUGAACGGCGGCCAGUGCUCCUCGCGGAACCAGUGCCUGUGUCCCCCGGACUUCACGGGUCGCUUCUGCCAGGUGCCGGCGGGAGGAGCCGGGACGGGCACCGGCGGCUCAGGCCCCGGGCUGGGCCGGGCCGGGGCCCUGUCCACAGGUGCGCUGCCGCCCCUGGCACCGGAGGGCGAGGCUGUGGCCAGCAAGCAUGCCAUCUACGCGGUCCAGGUGAUCGCAGAUCCGCCCGGCCCCGGGGAGGCCCCUGCCCAGCAUGCAGCCUUCCUGGUGCCCCUCGGGCCAGGACAGAUCUCGGCGGAAGUGCAGGCCCCGCCCCCCGUGGUGAACGUGCGCGUCCACCACCCGCCGGAGGCCUCCGUGCAAGUGCACCGCAUCGAGGGGUCGCACGCCGAGGGCCCGGCCCCCUCCCAGCACCUGCUGCCGCACCCCAAGCCCGUGCACCCCAGGCCGCCCACCCAGAAGCCCCUGGGCCGCUGCUUCCAGGACACGCUGCCCAAGCAGCCUUGUGGCAGCAACCCCCUCCCCGGCCUCACCAAGCAGGAGGACUGCUGCGGCAGCAUUGGCACCGCCUGGGGCCAGAGCAAGUGCCACAAGUGCCCCCAGCUGCAGUACACAGGGGUGCAGAAGCCAGGGCCUGUUCGUGGGGAGGUGGGCACUGACUGCCCCCAGGGCUACAAGAGACUCAACAGCACCCACUGCCAGGACAUCAACGAGUGCACCAUGCCUGGCAUGUGUCGCCAUGGUGACUGCCUCAACAACCCUGGUUCCUAUCGCUGUGUCUGCCCACCUGGCCAUAGCCUGGGCCCCUCGCGCACGCAGUGCAUUGCAGACAAGCCGGAGGAGAAGAGCCUGUGCUUCCGCCUGGUGAGCCCCGAGCACCAGUGCCAGCACCCGCUGACCACACGCCUCACCCGCCAGCUCUGCUGCUGCAGCGUCGGCAAAGCCUGGGGCGCCCGGUGCCAGCGCUGCCCGGCUGAUGGCACCGCUGCCUUCAAGGAGAUCUGCCCAGCUGGGAAGGGGUACCACAUCCUCACCUCCCACCAGACGCUCACCAUUCAAGGCGAAAGUGACUUUUCCCUUUUCCUGCACCCUGAUGGCCCCCCCAAGCCCCAGCAACUUCCUGAAAGCCCCAGCCGGGCGCCGCCUCCUGAGGACUCGGAAGAAGAGAAAGGGGUGAGCACGGACUCACCAGUGAUGGAGGAGCAGCCGUCGCAGCAGAGCCACCCUCCGGCCACCACCGCGCCCGCGCGGCCCUACCCCGAGCUGAUGUCCCGGCCCUCGCCGCCCACCAUGCGCUGGUUCCUGCCCGACUUCUCCCCGUCGCGCAGCGCGGUGGAGAUCGCCCCUACUCAGGUCACAGACACCGACGCGUGCCGCCUGAACCAGAACAUCUGCGGCCACGGGGAGUGCGUGCCGGGCCCCUCGGACUACUCCUGCCACUGCAACCCGGGCUACCGCUCGCACCCGCAGCACCGCUACUGCGUGGACGUGAACGAGUGCGAGGCGGAGCCGUGCGGCGCGGGGCGCGGCAUCUGCAUGAACACGGGCGGCUCCUACAACUGCCACUGCAACCGCGGCUACCGCCUGCACGUGGGCGCCGGGGGGCGCUCGUGCGUGGACCUGAACGAGUGCGCCAAGCCCCACCUGUGCGGCGACGGCGGCUUCUGCAGCAACUUCCCCGGCCACUACAAGUGCAGCUGCUACCCCGGCUACCGCCUCAAGGCCUCCCGGCCGCCCGUGUGCGAAGACAUCGACGAGUGCCGGGACCCCAGCUCCUGCCCCGACGGCAAAUGCGAGAACAAGCCCGGGAGCUUCAAGUGCACCGCCUGCCAGCCCGGCUACCGCAGCCAGGGGGGCGCGGCCUGCCGCGACGUGAACGAGUGCGCCGAGGGCAGCCCCUGCGCGCCCGGCUGGUGCGAGAACCUCCCGGGCUCCUUCCGCUGCACGUGCGCCCAGGGCUACGCGCCCGCGCCCGACGGCCGCAGCUGCCUGGAUGUGGACGAGUGUGAGGCUGGGGACGUCUGUGACAACGGCCUCUGCACCAACACGCCAGGGUCCUUCCAGUGUCAGUGCCUCUCUGGCUACCACCUGUCCAGGGACCGCAGCCGCUGCGAGGACAUCGAUGAGUGUGACUUCCCUGCAGCCUGCAUCGGGGGCGACUGCAUCAACACCAAUGGCUCCUACCGGUGUCUCUGCCCCCAGGGCCACCGGCUGGUAGGAGGCAGGAAGUGCCAAGACAUAGAUGAGUGCAGCCAGGACCCGGGUCUGUGCCUUCCCCACGGCGCCUGUGAGAACCUACAGGGCUCCUACGUGUGCAUCUGCGACGAGGGCUUCACGCCCACCCAGGACCAGCAUGGCUGUGAGGAGGUGGAGCUGCCGCACCACAAGAAGGAAUGCUACCUUAACUUCGACGACACGGUGUUCUGCGACAGCGUGCUGGCCACCAACGUCACCCAGCAGGAGUGCUGCUGCUCGCUGGGCGCCGGCUGGGGGGACCACUGCGAGAUCUACCCCUGCCCCGUCUACAGCUCAGCGGAGUUCCACAGCCUCUGCCCGGACGGGAAGGGCUACACGCAGGACAACAACAUCGUCAACUACGGCAUCCCCGCCCACCGCGACAUCGACGAGUGCGCGCUGUUCGGGGCGGAGAUCUGCAAGGAGGGCAAGUGCGUGAACACGCAGCCGGGCUACGAGUGCUACUGCAAGCAGGGCUUCUACUACGACGGCAACCUGCUGGAGUGCGUGGACGUGGACGAGUGCCUGGACGAGGCCAACUGCCGCAACGGCGUGUGCGAGAACACGCGCGGCGGCUACCGCUGCGCCUGCACGCCCCCGGCCGAGUACAGCCCGGCGCGGCGCCGCUGCCUGAGCCCCGAGGAGAUGGACGUGGACGAGUGCCAGGACCCGGCCGCCUGCCGCCCCGGCCGCUGCGUCAACUUGCCAGGCUCCUACCGCUGCGAGUGCCGCGCGCCCUGGGUGCCCGGGCCGUCGGGCCGCGACUGCCAGCUCCCGGAGAGCCCGGCCGAGCGCGCCCCGGAGCGGCGGGACGUGUGCUGGGGCCAGCGCGGAGAGGACGGCAUGUGCGCGGGCCCCCUGGCCGGGCCCGCCCUCACCUUCGACGACUGCUGCUGUCGCCAGGGCCGCGGGUGGGGCGCCCAGUGCCGCGCGUGUCCGCCGCGCGCCGCGUCCCAGUGCCCGACCUCGCAGAGCGAGAGCAACUCCUUCUGGGACGCGAGCCCGCUGCUGCUGGGGAAGCCCCCGCGAGAGGAGGACAGCUCCGAGGAGGAUUCGGACGAGUGCCGCUGCGUGAGCGGGCGCUGCGUGCCGCGGCCCGGCGGCGCGGUGUGCGAGUGCCCCGGGGGCUUCCAGCUGGACGCCUCCCGCGCCCGCUGCGUGGACAUCGACGAGUGCCGGGAGCUGAACCAGCGCGGGCUGCUGUGCAAGAGCGAGCGCUGCGUGAACACGAGCGGCUCCUUCCGCUGCGUCUGCACCGGCUUCGCGCGCAGCCGUCCGCACGGGGCCUGCGUGCCCCAGCGCCGCCGCUGACCCGC